AGAUGCGGGGCGGAAGCGGUGAAGCCGGCGGGGUUGCCCCGAGAAGGGCAGGCGGCGGCCGCAGCGACAGGUGCUGCCCGGGGUGGUGGGUGAAUGAAUGGUUGUGGGGCAGGGGAAGAUGCUGCGGCUAGCGGCGGGGCUGCUGGCGGCGGCCCUGGCGGCGCUGCUCCUGGACUGGUACGGCCAAGCGGGGCCUCAGCGCCUGGGCCAGCGCCGCCCCUUCGCUCGGGAGCCGGCCCCCGGGGCAGAGGCCACCAACCUCUUCUGGGUGGUGCAGGUAUCAGACAUUCACAUCAGUAGGUUUCGGGAUCCCAAACGAGUUCCUGACUUUGAAAAGUUCUGUUCUGAAACAAUUGAUAUAAUUCAACCAGUGCUUGUUCUAGUGACAGGUGAUUUGACAGAUGCCAAAACAAAAGAUAAACUGGGCUCUGAGCAGAUUGAGGUGGAGUGGCAAACUUACCAGUUGAUCCUGAAGAGAUCAAGAGUCAUGGAGAAAACCAAGUGGAUAGACAUCAAAGGGAAUCAUGAUUCAUUCAACAUUCCACACUUGGACAGCAUCCAAAAUUACUACAGGAAAUACUCUGCCUGGCAUAAGGAUGGCUCUUUCCAUUAUGUGCACAGGACGCCUUUUGGAAACUAUUCAUUCAUCUGUGUGGAUGCCACCCUCAGCCCAGGCCCCAAGAGACCAUACAAUUUCUUUGGGAUUCUAAACAUGAGUCAAAUGGAAGAGCUGUCUUCCUUGGCCACAGAAAGUCGUCAUAGCAACCAAACCAUCUGGUUUGGCCAUUACCCCACUUCAACAAUCAUCUCCCCAUCCUCGGGAGUACGACUGAUGCCAUUGGGAAGAGCAGCACUCAAGGUCAUACAUUUGCUGUGAAUGAAAACCUCUCUCUUAGAUUUGGCUUCUUGUCAUCUCUCAUUCUCCUUACAGACCACUACAUCCUGGCUCAAGUACUGUUUGGGCUGACUGUUCUUGCUCAGAUCACCUUGCUUCUUAUUUUCAGGUACCUUAGAAAGCCAACACUCAAAGGACCCCCAGGAUUAGUAAUGCUGACCUCCUUUUCGCUUCACGUCUUGAGCAAAACAAACACCUUCUAUUACUCUGUUCUGAUACUGAGUUUGUAUACAGCUCUGGGACCUUGGUUUAUUGGCGAGGUGAUAGAUGGCCAGAUGGGCAUCUGUUUUUCCUUUGGGGUAAUUGUUGGUGGACAUUUCCUGCAAGGCAGCUUGACAUUCGUGGUUGGAAUUUUACAGGUGGUAUUUUUUAACUUGCCUUUGAUGGCUUACCUGUGCUGGUGCCUGUUGCUACGAUGCCAGGGGCAUAGCUUCUGCUCUCAUGUCCGUCAUGUCAGGCACUUCCUGGCUGUGACAAUCCACCUAACCAUGCUGCUCCUGCUGGCCUGGCAAAUCUAUUCCUGUUACUUCCUGCAACGGACCUAUGGAACUCUGGCUUUCUUCCUCUCCCCAAUGAAGACCUGGUUGGUGGUGCUGACUCUAGUUCUGAUCCAUAAAUCCUGGACACUGAGCUCUUCUGAGCUGAGAACUUACAUAGUGGAAAUGAAAAACUGUCAGAGCUCUUGAUGCCUGAUGAAGGUAUUCAAAGUUCUUUUGAGUUAAGCUGUGAACUGCAGGUUUGUAUGGCGGCAUUUCAGUAUAGCCCAAGCAAUUAAAUGGUAAAAUCUGAAGCUGUCCCUGAAUUGCUUCAGAACUUUGUGGUAAUGGGGUUUUCUGUGGUACAGAAUGGACCUGUGUGUUUGACAGAUGGAAUUAUUUCCUGAUUACUGAAUGAAAACAAUGUUUUAAUUGAUUAAAUUCCUAAUUUUAUAACAUUGGAAAAAAUUCAGGAGUGGAUCUUUAUAAUGCGUUAUUGGAACUGUGCUGCUAUUUAUUUAUUUCAGUGUUUACACAUGGGCAUACAAAACCACUCAGUGUGAUUGGAUGUCAUUAAAGACAGUAUUGACCAUAACAAAGGUCUGCAAUCGUGGCCUUCACACUAGGUGUCACUAUGGUUUGUGCUAAAAACACUUAUUGAUGUAUAUAAUGCUGUAAUGUAUAUCAGCAACUCAAAAUCUAAUUGUAAUGUGUGUGUCUAAGUCCUGCUCUAUUCUUCUUCAGACAGUGCUAAAGAGAGGCAGUGUGCUCUGUCUUUGCCUUUUCUCUCCCAACAGUGACCCAACACCUGUCUAAUGAAAGAGCAGUGUUGAUUGGUGUUAAAGGUAGGCUCUGUGAUGGUCAGAGUGGGGAAUCACAGCAGGGAACAACGGAGGUAGGAUUCUUCAGGGAUGAAAGAUCUAAGUGGAGCAGUGUGGGUCAAUGACUAGGCACAGGAGUGGGAGUCAGGAAACUGGUUAUGUGACCUGCUGUGUGAUCCAGGGUAAGUUGUUGAACUUUACUGUUCAGUUUCUCCAGCUGGUGGAUAUAAUACACUUUGAGAUUUAUGGAUAAAAACCAUGAAGUGUUUCAUAUUUAUAGACUAUCCCUUUCUUCCUCCAUCCCUCCCGGAAUCAGAAAGAAUAGUGUAGGUACAGGAUUAGACUUGGGAAGUCCCUAAUGCUAAUCUCAGCUCUGACUCUUUGGAUAUGUGUCUACACUUCCACCUGGAGAUGUCAUUCCCAGCUCAAGGAGCCAUUCUAGUGCUCUCUCUUAUUGAGCUAGCGCACUUAAAAAUAGAACGUAGCUGCAGUAGUGUGAGCAGUGGCAGGGGCUACCCUCUCUGAUUUUAAGCAUGCGAGCUCUCAUUGAGCUAGCACGGUGUGUCUCCACAAGCUUAGAAUGAUAUCCCCAGCUCGAAGUGUAGACAGACCCUUUGUUUAUGUCUUUGGACAGCCACUGUGCUUCUUCAUGUCACUUUUCCCUAUCUUUAAAGUAGAGAGAAUACUUACAUGGGGCUGUUGUGAGAUGCAAAAUUUAAGUAACUUGAAUAUGCUAACUAGUAAGAGCACAGAUCUCAUCUACACAGGUGGUGUGAGGUUUUUUGCUUGUGUUCUCUAAAGAAUCUCCUAAUUCAAACCAAAAAAAAAAGGAGUAAAUGAAGUAGAAUGUAUAGAAAAAUAAUUAAUAGAAUUUGGGGAAAAACACUUUUUUUAAAAAAACACGGAAUGGUUAUUUCUAAAACUUGACACUUUUCUGUCACUUAAUGUUUUUCUCAAUGAUUGGCACUACCGAGGGGAGGGAGAAGGUAAUAUAAAGAAAUCUGAAGAAUCAGUUGUACAUGUGGAACGUGGUGUUUUGCACACAGUUUACAGCAUACUUUCCACAGUUUACCACAGCAUACUUUCCACAGUUUACCACAGCUCACCAGUGCUGCUAUGUAAAUCAGCCACCAAAAUUAAGAAAGUUUACAGGUGCAGAAACAAAACCUACCUACCAUGAGGAAUAAUGAAAAUCUAAUGAUCUUUUUACUCAUUGUGCAAAGCCGCACAACUAAUACUUUUAUUAUCAGAUUAGGGAGAACAGGAAGUGGUGGUAUGACAUUUCUGCUCUAUAUCCUGUGGCAAGACCCUGCUCUGAGUUGACCUUGCUUUUAUUUUCAUUACAACUCAAUAAAACCUUUAUGGAUUCAA